AUUAUGAAAAAGCAACCUUCCGUUGGAGCUGCAGCUAAAGCGGAUCUCUCCAACGUCUACCGGGCUUUCCUUCCAAGGCUAACUGAGAAUACCGCUGAUAGAUGGAUAAAAGCCACGACAGACCUCUUCCUGAGUCUCAACGGUGAAGAGAAUGUCCCAGAAAUCCUGGAUAGAAAGCACUUUCACCAAGAGGGAAUGUGUGUACAUACUUCCAGUGUCAAAGGACCCCCACAGAUGCCUUCCAGGAUGCCAGAUUUGCCAACAGCUGGUCAGGUGCUGCUGUGGGCGGCUAGUGCGGCAGCAUGCUGGCUUCACAGCCAGCUUGGCCACGAAGUACUCGGACGUGAAGUUGGGUGAAAACUCCAAUGUGUCCAUGCCCGAGCUGGAGGAAUGGUCAGUGGAAAAACACACAGAGGCGAGACCCACUGAUGCCUAUGGUGUCAUCAACUUCCAGGGAGGGUCUCACUCAUACAGAGCCAAGUAUGUACGUUUGUCCCAUGACUCGCGGCCAGAGAGCAUUCUGCGGCUGAUGCUAAAGGAGUGGCACAUGGAGCUUCCUAAGAUCCUCAUUUCUGUCCAUGGAGGAGUUCAGAACUUUGAGCUGCACCCCCGCAUCAAGCAGGUGGUCGGCAAGGGCCUCAUCAAAGCUGCAGUCACCACCGGGGCCUGGAUUCUCACCGGAGGAGUUAACACAGGUGUGGCAAAGCAUGUGGGAGACGCUCUCAAAGAACACUGUUCAAGAUCAUCGAAGAAAAUUUGCACUAUCGGGAUCGCACCCUGGGGAGUGAUUGAAAAUAGGAACGAUCUCAUUGGCAGAGAUAUUAUCGCUCCAUAUCAGACACUACUGAAUCCUCUCAGCAAACUGAACGUUCUCAACAGUCUCCAUUCCCAUUUCCUCCUGGUGGAUGAUGGAACGGUGGGCAAGUAUGGCGCUGAGGUCAAACUACGGCGGGACCUUGAGAAGCACAUCAACCUCCAGAAAAUACAUGCCAGAAUCGGUCAGGGUGUUCCUGUUGUAGCCUUGAUCUUUGAGGGUGGCCCCAAUGUGAUACUGACUGUGCUGGAAUAUCUUCAGGAGACCCCUCCUGUCCCAGUGGUCGUGUGUGAGGGGACUGGCCGUGCUGCUGAUAUAUUGGCCUACGUCCACAAGCAGACUGAGGAGGGAGGUGGUCUUCCUGAUGGAGUGGAAACAGAUAUCAUUGCAACCAUCAAGAAAACCUUCAACUUCAGCCAGGGUGAAGCAAUCCAUCUCUUUCAGACACUGAUGGAGUGCAUGAAGAGCAAAGAACUGAUCACUGUGUUUCACAUCAGUUCUGAGGAAAGCCAGGACAUUGAUGUAGCAAUCCUAAGGGCCUUACUCCAAGGCACAAAUGCAUCUGCUUUUGAUCAGCUGGUCCUGACUUUGGCCUGGGACCGUGUAGACAUUGCCAAGAAUCACGUGUUUGUGUACGGACAGCAGCUCCUGGUGAGCUCUUUGGAACAAGCAAUGUUGGAUGCACUUGUAAUGGACAGAGUGGACUUUGUUAAGCUGCUCAUAGAGAAUGGAGUGAGCAUGCACCGUUUCCUGACAAUCAGUCGGCUGGAGGAGCUUUACAACACGAAACAGCCUCCCAACAACCCAACUCUCCUUCACCUUGUUAGAGAUGUCAAACAGAGCCAUCUGCCUCCAAACUAUAAAAUCACAUUGAUUGAUGUCGGUCUGGUUAUUGAGUACCUGAUGGGUGGGACGUAUAGGUGCAACUACACCAGGAAACGCUUUCGAAUCAUUUACAACAAUCUUCAUGGAAACAGUAGGAGGUCUGGGCGUCACACACCAGGUCCUGGUUUGAGAAAAAGUCAUGAGUCUUUUAGCAUGCAGGCUGACAAGAAGGAGAAGACGAGGCACAACCAUUUUAUUAAGACUGCACAACCAUACAAACCCAAGCUUGAGUCUUCCACUGAGCAGAACAAAAAGAGAAGCAAAGAAGAAAUUGUGGAUAUUGAUGACCCAGAGACGCGACGUUUUCCCUACCCUUUUAAUGAGCUCCUGGUGUGGGCUGUGCUGAUGAAAAGGCAGAAAAUGUCACUCUUCUUCUGGCAACAUGGAGAGGAGAACAUGGCAAAGGCACUGGUGGCCUGCAAACUCUGCCGGUCUAUGAGCUAUGAGGCCAAGAAGAGUGACGUGGUGGAUGAUACCUCAGAGAAGCUCAAGGAGUACUCAAAUGAGUUUGGAACAUUGGCAGUGGACCUGCUGGAGCAGUCAUUCAGGCAGGAUGAGACUAUGGCCAUGAAGCUUCUGACCUAUGAGCUAAAGAACUGGAGCAACUCCACCUGUUUGAAGCUGGCUGUCUCCUCCCACUUGCGGCCCUUUGUGGCUCAUACCUGCACCCAGAUGCUGCUGUCAGACAUGUGGAUGGGACGGCUGAACAUGCGCAAGAACUCCUGGUACAAGGUGAUUCUGAGUAUCUUGGUGCCUCCUGCCAUCCUCCUGUUGGAGUACAAGUCCAAGGCUGAGAUGGCUCACAUUCCUCAGAGUCAGGACGACCAUCAGAUGACCAUGGAGGACAGUGAACACAACUUCCAGAACAUAGCCGAAGACAUCCAAAUGGAUGUGUUCAAGGAGACAAGAUCCCAUGACCACGUGGAGGCAAAAAGUGACAUGGAGACACAUGUUCGCUCCAGGAAGUUGCCUUUAACCAGGAAAAUCUAUGCCUUCUACCAUGCUCCCAUUGUCAAAUUCUGGUCCAACACGCUCUUCUAUCUGGGCUACUUGAUGUUGUACACAUAUGUGGUGCUGGUGAAAAUGCCUCGAUGGCCUUCUCCUCAAGAGUGGGUGGUCAUCCUCUACAUCUUCACGUCUGCCAUUGAGAAAGUUCGAGAGAUGUUUAUGUCUGAAGCUGGCAAAAUAAGCCAGAAAAUAAAGGUGUGGUUCAGUGACUAUUUCAAUGUAUCUGACUUCCUGGCCAUUAUGACCUUCUUUAUUGGUUUUGGCCUGAGGUUGGGUGGAGGCGAUGCUUUCGACCCUGGAAGGACACUUUAUUGUCUCAACAUCAUCUUCUGGUAUGUGCGACUCCUGGAUAUUCUGGCUGUUAAUCAACAAGCUGGACCCUACGUCAUGAUGAUUGCUAAAAUGGUGGCCAACAUGUUCUAUAUUGUGGUAAUAAUGGCUAUAGUGCUGCUGAGCUAUGGCGUACCUAGGAAAGCGAUUCUGUACCCAGAAGAGGAGCCCAGCUGGACGCUUGCCAAAGAUGUGGUCUUUCAGCCGUACUGGAUGAUGUAUGGGGAAGUGUACGCCUAUGAAAUUGAUGUAUGUGCCAAUAACAGUGAAGUAAAGUCCCUUUGCAGAGCAGGUGUGUGGCUGACUCCUCUCCUACAAGCAGUCUACCUCUUUGUACAGUACAUAUUGAUGGUCAACCUUCUAAUCGCCUUUUUCAACAAUGUUUAUAUGCAAGUGAAGUCCAUUUCUAAUCUGGUGUGGAAGUACCAGCGUUACCACUUCAUUAUGGCCUACCAUGAGAAGCCUUUCCUCCCACCUCCCUUCAUCCUCCUGUGCCAUAUAUACUCCCUCUUCUGUAUGUGUAGAAAAAGGAAGAAGGAGAAUAUCUACGGACCAAAGCUGUUUCUCACUGAGGAAGACCAAAAGAAGCUGCAUGAUUUUGAGGAGCAAUGUGUGGAGACAUACUUCCAUGAGAAGGAUGAUCAGUUUCACUCGGGGAGUGAGGAACGCAUACGUCUUACCUCAGAAAGGGUUGAAACCAUGUGUUUGCAGCUGAAGGAGGUCGGGAAUAAGGUGAACUUUAUAAAGCGUUCCUUGCACACGUUGGAUUCUCAGAUUGGCCACCUGCAGGACCUCUCAGCCCUUACCGUUGACACUCUGAAGACCCUGACAGCUCAGAGGGCAUCAGAAGCCAGCAAGGUCCACAAUCAGAUCACCCGGGAGCUCAGUCUGUCUAAGAAUGUUGUCCCCAGCAUUGUCCCAGUGGUGACAGACACUGGCCCCCUCUCUAAGUCGUCUGUGAUGGGUAAACAGGGUGUGGGUGCCUACUUUGUCUCCUCUUUUCCCCAGGCAGGAGCUACCAUUGCAGGUGCUCUUUUUGGGAUUGGUGUAGAAGGAGGGGCUGGGACAGAAAGCAGACGAAAAAUCGGGCCCAGUCCUUCAUCAGAACUCGGGCUGGACCCCACCCUGAAUCCAGAGAGGAGGAGCUUGUUUGGGCCUGGGCACCUUGCUACAGAGGCUGGCUCCUCAGGCAGUGCAGGCUUCAGGCCCUUUGAUCAAAGUGCUGUGCCCUUUUCCCCUUCUGAGCUGCGACUCCGAGGCCACUCUCUCACCCAGAGUAAGCAGACCCGUCCACAAGAGCCGGGCCCUUCCGACUCCCCAUCCAGCCUGCCCAGUGUGCCCUCCCCUGGGGUUCAAUUCCACAUCAGCAGCACACCCUCCCAGCCCAGUGGCUCUAGCCACCCUGAUUUAACCCUGUCUAGGCUUUACCAGCAGCCCCUCCAGUCAGACAGCACCUCUGUAGAAUUUGGGGCAUUUGUGGGGCAUAGAGACAGUGAAGAACUCCAGCACUCCUUGUCCAAAGAGACCUCCAGCAGACAGCAAAGCCCGACAGCACAGAUCAGAUCCCAGGUUCAGCCUGAAGGUCAUGCUCACAUCAGAGCAGUCAACUCUUACGCUGGCUUCACUGAGUUUGACAGGAACCCGGCUCUUCUUCAUCCAGAGUCAACUCUGACAAAGAAGGACAGGAGCAGAGUGUCUGCUGAAGACAUCCUCACACAUGAAGACCCCAGGGCUACAGUACUGGAAAGAAUUCAGGUCAAAUCAGCCCAAGCCAGCAGCCUGCGAGCCCCUGGGGAAGACAAACUAACAGCUACAGUUUCUCUCUAUACGCCACGUCACACCCACCUUGGAACCAGAAAGGACUCUAUUGGCUCUCCAUUCAAGCCUAUUGAAAGCUACCAGUACUCAGCUGUGGAGCGCAACAACUUGAUGAGGCUGUCUCAAAGCAUCCCCUUCACUCCUGUACCACCUAGAGGGGAGCCGGUGACUGUUUACCGUCUGGAGGAGAGCUCCCCGAACACUAUCAACAACAGCAUGUCUUCCUGGGCCCAGCGGGGCCUCUGUGCAAAAAUAGAGUUUCUCAGCAAGGAGGAGAUGGGUGGAGGACUCAGACGGGCCCUCAAGGUGCUCUGUACCUGGUCAGAGUACGACAUCCUGAAACCAGGACACCUGUAUAUAGUCAAGUCCUUCCUUCCCGAGGUGGUCCAAACAUGGCAGAGCAUCUACAAGGAGGAGACUGUGCUCCACCUUUGUCUCAGGGAAAUUCAACAACAACGAGCUGCUCAGAAACUGACAUUUGCUUUCAACCAAAUCAGGCCGAAGACAAUCCCUUAUUCACCAAGGUUCUUGGAGGUGUAUUUGCUGUACUGCCACUCUGCUGGACAGUGGUUUGCUAUAGAGGAGUGCAUCACCGGCGAGUUCAGGAAGUUCAACAACAACAAUGGAGAUGAGAUUGUCCCCACCAAUCUCCUGGAGGAAACCAUGCUGGCCUUCAGUCACUGGACCUACGAGUACACCCGAGGAGAGCUGCUGGUGCUCGACCUGCAGGGUGUUGGGGAGAUUCUGACAGAUCCCUCAGUUAUAAAGAGCGGUGAGAAGGGAUCUUACGAUAUGAUAUUCGGACCUGCAAACCUGGGAGAUGAUGCUAUUAGGAACUUCCGUGCUAAACACCACUGCAACUCAUGCUGUCGGAAACUCAAACUUCCUGAUCUGAAAAGGAACGACUACACACCGGAUAAGAUGACAUUCCCACAAGAAGAACCUCCCAGUUCCGGGGGUGGUGUUAAAGAGUCCCGCCAAUCAAUGAGGCUGAUGCUGUGAUGCAUGCAAGGCGACGCUAACCUGAUUCAUUUUAGUCAUAGCCAAGGAGCAGAAAGGUGCAAUGAACUGGAACAGCUGUGUUUGAGUGGAAACCAGCACAUGCAGACUGUAUCAUGUUUUUCUGUCCCGCCCACCAAAAUGCUGUGUGAACAUAAAUCAACCAUCUUAAUUUUUUUUUUUUUUUAAGUAUAUACAUGGGGAGGGUGGGGAGAACAUUUUAAAACAUUUUGUACAAUUUUAUGAAUAUAUAUGUAAACUGGAUAUAUCAACAGGUACAGUGUCAUUGCAGAGGAUUUAUUUAUUAAGAAGUCUGAGAAGUUGCCUUGUUUUACCAAAAGACAAAGAAAAAAAAAAAGAACAAAUCUAAGUGCAUUGUAUAUCUGUUACAGCAGCUUCAGAGGAGAUUGCUUGCUGAAACCAAGUCACUGCUACACUGCAGAUUGCCAUCAGAUCAUUUUUACGAACUUGUAUCAAACAUUUUGUGUCUUAGUUAAUGAAAAGAUAUACAUGAAUUUGAAGAUCUUGUAAAAUAUGGGCAGAUUGCAAUGCAACUUUUACAGAACAAUGUAUGUAAUUUUAUUGUAUUGAAACUGUGUCCACAAAAUAUUGAUAGUUUUUAUUGUUACAAAGGUACUAUUGCUAUAUCUUUGACAUCAUCUAUUGUAAGAGCAAAUUACAGUCUAGUGUAUCUUAUAGAUACUGUUACCUGGCAUGAGCUGAACAGAUAAAAAAAAAAAAAAAAAAAAAAUUUUAUUCAGGGGAACU